GCUCCCCCUCGGUCACGUGACCGCCCAGGCUCUUCCACUAUAUAUUGCGGGCCGUUGACGUCAGCGUUCUCUUCCGCCUGUUUGUCUGCUGUGUGGCAGGCAGUCCGCUCGUCGUUUUCCAGUCCCGUGAGAAGCAUCCACCGACAUCCGCCAAAAUGGUAAACGCAGACGGCCUGCCGGGACCAUCCUGGUGUCUGGGGGAGUCCCGGCCAUCAGCCCGGCUUGAGAUGGCUUUAGUUUUCGGUCGCCAUCAGUGUUAAAUCCGGGCCCUAGUAAACUACGCGAAUCCUAGGCCUAGUCUGUGCGUCAUCCACUGGGCCCCGGCAGCGUUCUAUCUGGCUUCCGGGUUCUAUUUGUUCAAUAUUUAUCCAACCUCACUUUAUAACGCUUGGGCCAAUGUCUGUGGCUACGUGGCAUUGGAGAAUCGCUUUCCAGCUGUUGUGGCUGUGACACUUAAUGCCGGCAAAGCGUCAUGGGAGUUGUAGUUUAAAACCUAUUGGCCUUGUACCUCCUCUUGCUCAUCCCCUCUAUAUAGUGGAGUGAAUUGGGGGGUCUCCAUGAUGCAUGCAAUUCAAUAUAACUUUACUGAGCCCCUGAUCAUGGGCAGCCCUUUGUUAGGGCCCACUGCCUGCUUUACUAGCACAGCCCUUCCUAUAGCAGAGGCCCUACUCUAGUUUUCAGCCAAAGGUGCCUAAACUGAUAACAGCUGUGUAGGGUUAACCAUUGUGUUGGCAGAGGCGUAGAGUAUGACGUUGCUAUUCUCUGCCUUCUUGCAUAAGUACCGGUGAAAGAUCACUUCAAUAUGGCCGUCUAUUAUAGUGCUUUCAGGAUAUAAAAAUGGUUGCUCCUGCUGUGGAAAACUGUAUUAAAUUAUGGGUUACAUGUGUGACUGUACAAUGGCUUUUUUUUGUUUUAACCACUCUUGAUGUAAGAGGUGCAAUAAUUACUUUUCUUCCUACAACCAGGUGAACUUCACGGUAGACCAGAUUCGCAACAUCAUGGACAAGAAGGCGAACAUUCGCAAUAUGUCAGUCAUUGCCCAUGUGGACCAUGGCAAGUCCACUCUGACUGACUCUCUUGUAUGUAAAGCUGGAAUCAUCGCAUCAUCUCGUGCCGGUGAAACUCGCUUCACAGAUACCCGUAAAGAUGAGCAGGAAAGAUGUAUUACAAUCAAAUCUACGUAAGUAUCUUUUCCUGCAUAACACAAUGCUCUGUAAACGGCUGUAACACUGUGUUAGUAGCAUAAUGUCAACAAAAAUGAACGGCUAACAACUCCCACUAAAGCAGAGGUGGCAGGAAUAUAGAUCCCACUGCUGUUUCUGAUCUACAGACUUUAAGUUUGCAUUAGCAUUUUUAAGAUUGGCAAAGUGCUAUGGGAGCGGUAGUUUUGCAACUGCUGGAAGGUAUUCAUUGUUGUUUCUGAUCUAGGAUGUCAGCAGUUGCUUUGGCAUGGUCGUAUAUUUAAACUUUAUUGAAAAAAUAACAUGUAGAUGGAAAUAACAGAUGGAAAGAUAUUUCCAAAUUGUGUUGGUAAAGUAUAUUAUAGAAGUAACUUAGUUAUAAAUUCUACAUACAUGUUCUAAUAGAACACAAACCUCUAUUACUGACACUCUAGUGUUAAAAUAACUAGAUCCCUGGCACUCAUUAGAUCUCAUUAAAAAGGUGUUCAAAAUAUAUUCACAAAGCAUAUUAAACUUUAGUUAUAGUACUAGCCAAGUAUAAUGCUUCUAACCACUGAGACCUAAAGGCUUUUCUGGUAACCUUACCUUUUUUCAACAUUGUAAAAUGUGCAUUGUUCCUCAUGUCAUAACUACUAUACUCUAUUUUAUGUUGUGCAUGCACCAGCUUUUGUGGCAGUGCAUCCUUGUAUAUCUAACCUAUGCACAAAUUAAAUAAAGAAUCUUUUGAUAAAGUGUUGGCUUUCUUCAAUUGCUGUUGCUGGCCCUCCCUCCAUGGCUGAAGUCAGCCAAUCAAUGCCUUCCUGUAGAGCUGUGGGAUGCUACUGUGCAUGCGCCUCAAAAUCCUGUGCUACUAUUUAAAAAGCUUAGAUUUUGAUUUUAAUGUUAAACGUUCUAAAGGAGCAAUCAAAACAAUGAAGCAUUGCACCUUGACCUUUCCUCUAUAAAAGUACUAUUAAGAACUGUUCAAGAUGUUGGGUCCAAGUAAUCUUGGCAAUCCAGCAUAAAGGGGAGUGUCUUGUUUUUUUUUUUUUAUGCUGUAGCGUUGAACUGUCUAAUAGUACAGUGUAGUCAUACGUCAAUAUGAGACUUCUUCUUUAAAACUUGUCUAUUUCUCAGCACUCUUAAAAAUUGCAUUCUAUUGUGAGUAACAAGUUUAUUUUUCUCCCCAGAGCAAUUUCCCUCUUCUAUGAACUAGCUGAGAACGAUUUGGCCUUUAUUAAGCAAAGUAAAGAUGGAUCUGGUUUCCUUAUCAACUUGAUUGACUCUCCUGGCCACGUGGACUUUUCCUCUGAAGUUACAGCAGCUCUGCGUGUUACUGACGGUGCCCUUGUUGUGGUGGACUGCGUGUCUGGUGAGUUAAAAAUUUGAUAUUUAGACUUCAGUACAUCAAAAAUUCAGUUACUGAAUAGUCUGAUUGCGUAAGGUAAUACAGAGCACUACUUUGCAUCCAGGUAUGCACUGAUGGUGCAUAUAGCCUUUGUGCCUAGACUGACCUUUUAAUUCUACCUACUUCUCCAUUGAAGCUGAUUCUCUAAUUCCUUUCCUGUGCAGGUGUAUGUGUACAGACUGAAACCGUACUCCGUCAAGCAAUUGCUGAAAGAAUCCGCCCUGUAUUGAUGAUGAACAAAAUGGACCGUGCACUUUUGGAACUGCAACUAGAGCCAGAAGAGCUAUAUCAGACCUUCCAGCGUAUUGUGGAGAACGUAAACGUUAUCAUAUCCACCUAUGGUGAGGGAGAGACAGGACCCAUGGGAAACAUCAUGGUGAGUAUAAUAAAACUUUAACCUUAACAUUGCUGUUAUGUAGUGGCAAAUAAGAUGGCAACUCUUCAUCAAAACCUUUUGCAGGUUUCAAAACAAAUGUUAUUUUAUUUUGUUGAGCCUUUUAGUACAGCUAUUCAGCUUCCUUCAGUGAACAGGUAGUAUAUUAGAAAAGGGCUGCUUGGCUCAAGAGCUUUUGUGUUUUUUAUACUUUCACUGCUUGCAGUAGCUCUGCUUCAAAGAAUCGCAGGCUUAAUUUCCCGUCAAGUUUUGCCUAACUUUGGGCGUUACAAUGCAGUGUAGCUUAAAUGUCAUUUACUAAAACCUCAAUCUUAAUGGCAUUUGUUUAAAAUAUUCCUGUAGGUCAGAUUUUGAGCCGUUCUAACUAGCUUCAACUGGGUUACAAACUUGAAAUUCUUAACUGCAUUGUUUUCAUGGAAAUUCCAUUGAAAUUCAAAGAGAAGGUAAAGCAUUCUUUGUGUUCUAAAAUUGCUAAUUACAGUGGAAGGUUUUUGUGGCGUACCUUUAAUCCUUAAAAGCCUCUUCCUAAUGUUUAGAAAGAAUAGGUUUGGGUUUUUUUUUUUGUGCACAGCAGGACACUUUCAAAAAUGAACGGUUUCCAAAAGCUCAACUGCAGUUACUUUAAUAGCUUAAAGCACUGCUUAACUCUGCCUUGUUUUGUUUCCCUCAUUUAGAUUGAUCCAGUUCUUGGUACUGUUGGCUUUGGUUCUGGACUCCAUGGCUGGGCAUUUACACUCAAACAAUUUGCAGAGAUGUAUGUGCAAAAGUUUGCUGCAAAGGGUGACGGCAAGCUGACACCAAAUGAACAUGCAAAAAAAGUGGAAGACAUGAUGAAGAAACUUUGGGGAGACAGGUAUUCUUUUAAAAGAAAUAACUAUCUUGCUGUUCUCACAUUUAUAUAACAGACACUAUUAGCCACAGAGCUGUAAAUUUUUCCAGAAACAGUAUUUCUGGUAUUGCAUAUCUAUAUUUUUUCUUUUUUCAACCUGAGUAAGCCAUGUUUGUAUGACAUGCUUUCUUUUAGGGUUUGUUGCAUGCAAGAUAUUUGGUACAGGUAGCUCAAGAAGGUCUCCUAUUGACUUAAUGGCUUGGCUACUACCAGCUCAAUGCAUUGGGCGUUGCAUUAUACAUUUUUAUAUAAAUUAUAAAACAUCCUUCAAUUCAUGUGAAAAGUGUGUUUUCAAACUGUUAUUCACUUGUGAAAUAUUGCAAACUACACCCGGUUUUUUUAGAGUUCAACAUUAAUGUCACUGCUGUUUAACAGGUAUUUUGAUCCUGCCAAUGGAAAGUUUAGCAAGGCUGCAUCAAAUGCUGAUGGAAAGAAGCUGCCUAGAACAUUUUGCCAGCUUAUCCUGGACCCAAUCUUCAAGGUACUUUCAAAACAAUCUACAUCCCAGUGGUGUAUAUACUAAAUUCUGUAGCAUUACAAGUUAACUUAUGUUGCAUUUUUGUGAAGUUCGUGGACUCAACACUGUUAAAUAUGGUAUUCUGUUUUGUUUGACAGGUUUUUGAUGCCAUCAUGAACUUUAAGAAAGAUGAAACUGCCAAACUUAUCGAGAAACUGGACAUAAAGUUGGACAGUGAAGACAAAGAUAAAGAGGGAAAACAACUGUUAAAGGUGAAUACACAAUCUUAUCCUGCAUUUGUAUGAACCUGUAAACUGUUUACUAUUCAUAGAAGGUUUUGCGCUAUAGGAAUCUGCACAAACUAAACUAGCAUGUAAUUUUUAGGCUGUUAUGAGACGCUGGCUUCCUGCUGGAGAAGCUCUUCUGCAAAUGAUAACCAUCCACCUGCCAUCACCAGUGACUGCUCAGAGGUACCGCUGUGAGCUGCUGUAUGAAGGACCACCUGAUGAUGAAGCAGCUAUGGGUAGGUCUAUGUAGAACUUGUGCCCUUGGUUUUUUUAUUUUCCUGAAAGCUCUAGAAGCUGGUCCUGUGGACAAACCAGAAGUCAAAAUAGUUACUUUCUUUACUAAGAGUACUUGUGGGAUAACUGACAUCUGUACUAACGGGCACAACCUAGAAACAUUAUCUCAAUCUAGUUGUCUCGCAAGCAGGACACUGUCAACUACAGCAGAGGUCAACAUAACAUGGAAUCUGUUCCUCAGUGCUCAAUCUUGACUGCAAGAACUACUUUGUCUUGGUAUAUAUUUUAAAUAGGCUGGCUUUUCAGUGAAACUCUUUAAGUCAGUAGCAGUGUUUCAUAUAAGGGGUGACAGUGCUGCUUUAAUAUGAUCCUCUUUGUCUUUAAAGCAGUCUAAUAGUUAAUCUAAACAGACAUGGUUCCCCAUUGAAUAAUGCAAUUAAUGAAAACGUAUGGUAAGAAAAUAGAUUUUGCUUAAUCACUAUUUCGUCUGUGAAAUAGGUUUAAUGAAACAAUGUUUGCACCUACUGCAAAAGUAAAUGGCGGGAUGGAUUUUAAAAUGAGUGGCUUUUACACACUUUAAAUCCCUCCUACAAAAGUGGUGCGCUUAAAUAUACUUUGGAACCUAGAAGAGGCUUUAUGCAUUUGGGCAGGCAUGCAUGGAUGGGAGUUGCCCAAGAGGGAUACUCACAAGCUGCAUAAGUGCAUUUUUUUUGUAAACGUUUUCUAUUGGAUAUUGGGUUCCUUAUAUCCUGGGAUCUGUGGGAUAUAUUACCUCUCAUUUGGUGUGGUAUAAAAUCAGAGCCAGGAUGAAAGGGGUUCUGGUACAUGAAAGUAGGUUAUUUACAUGUUUGUAGUGGAGACAAUCUCUACAUCAGAGUUCUGUAUCAUUCAGAUUAUGAAAAGUCAAUGACUACUUGCUAAGUAGCUUUGAGUGCUUCACUUUCAUGUAGUGUUAUGGAUUGUUUAACACUUUGGUGUUUGGUUUUGUGUUUUUGUAUUUCUACAUAUUUGUAAAACAGUGACAGGUGCUCAGAAUAUAAACUAACAUCUGCCUAAAAAUAUUCUCACUGAACUGGGUAUUCAGGGCGCAUGAAAUUGCAGUGUCUGCUAAAUCCACUUUUCUGUGCCAAUAAGUUUAAUUUUUUUCUCUCCUACUCUAGGCAUAAAAAACUGUGACCCCAAAGGUCCAUUAAUGAUGUACAUCUCAAAAAUGGUGCCCACCACUGAUAAGGGAAGGUUCUAUGCUUUUGGAAGAGUCUUCUCUGGUGUUGUCUCCACUGGCCUCAAAGUCAGAAUUAUGGGACCAAAUUAUACUCCAGGAAAGAAAGAGGACCUUUACCUGAAGCCUAUCCAGAGGUGUGUUCCUUUUUACCCAUUUAACUUUUAAAACAAAACCUUUUGAAUGCUUCUAUUUUAUGUUAUUAAAGAAUAAAACCAAAUAGCCCUUGCUGAAAGAAUGAGGUAAAUAUUUAACAUUUACACUAACAUUGUAGUUAAUAUACACACUACUGGCAAAUACAUUAGUUUUAAUAGCCAUAAUAUGCCCCCUUCCUCCUGUCUAACUCUUGACCUGCACACCUCUGCCAGUGACCAUUCUGUGAUCAGAAUUGAGUAAUUGGGGAAAGUAGAACACAGUAUGUAAUUCCCUGCAAGCAUGAAACCCUCUAGUUGGGUUAUAAAAUGCUGUGGCCAUUCAGUUUUAUUAAAAUGUCUUUGCUUUAAAAUGUCCCUGUGCAGAGUUACAACUAGACUUCCAGGAAUGGUGUUUAAGUGUCAGCAGGUAGAUUAUAUAAUUGCUAAAAUCCUAAAUCUUUAGAUUUCAAAUGGCAUGACCUACUUAAAUUUUAGGCAGUUUCCCCAUGCUCUUGUGAAUGGAUAUCUUCAAAUCUGGAAUAAAGUAAACAGAUUUGCUGACUAUUUUAUGGCCCUUAAAAGGAUCCUUUGGGCACAAAUACAAGUGAAGUGCAUUUGAUGGGUUUUGACCGCCUUAAAGUUAUUACAAAAAUAUUCAAGAUGUGCAGCCUAACAUUCCUACUUGGACACUGCUUCCAGUCAGGGGGAUGUUUUGUAAAGUGACUUUUAGGGUGGGGGAACAAAACGUUUUUUUGAAAGCUGCUUGAACCUAUAGAAAAUACAGGUAGAUCAUGUGGUCAAAACACAUGAAAUGUUCUGUUUUAUGGUGGGUGUGUAUAGAGGUUUGUGUGGGUUCUCUUGGGCUGUACAACUGGCAGGCAAGUCACAUUUCUAUUUUUCUUUUCAAAGGACCAUCCUGAUGAUGGGGCGUUAUGUGGAGCCAAUUGAAGACGUUCCAUGUGGUAACAUUGUGGGUUUGGUUGGUGUGGACCAGUUCCUGGUGAAAACUGGGACAAUCACCACUUUCGAACAUUCACAUAACAUGCGUGUUAUGAAGUUCAGUGUCAGCCCUGUAGUGCGUGUGGCUGUAGAAGCAAGGAACCCUGCUGAUCUUCCAAAACUUGUAGAGGGUCUCAAGCGUCUGGCUAAGUCAGACCCUAUGGUGCAGGUGCGGCUGAGUCCUUUAUUUUAAUUUUUUUUUUUUAACCCCCCAUUUUAAUAUAAAUAAGUCUAACACUGUUCUUUCCUCUAGUGCAUCAUUGAGGAAUCUGGAGAACAUAUUGUUGCUGGAGCUGGAGAGCUGCAUUUGGAAAUCUGCUUGAAGGAUCUAGAGGAGGACCAUGCCUGCAUUCCAAUUAAGGUGAACUUUUAGAGCAACCUUGAGGUUUUAACUUGUGUAGAAACAGAAGUCACACUUCUUGGGGUGGGGGGAGGGGGAAUUGCAGAUCAUGCAAAAGCCAAUCCUGACCUGAUUUUUUUUUUUUUAUAUAUUUUUUUAGAAAUCUGACCCAGUUGUUUCAUACCGUGAAACUGUGAGUGAGGAGUCAAACCAGCUGUGCCUGUCAAAAUCUCCUAACAAGCAUAACCGUCUGUAUAUGAAGGCCCGUCCAUUCCCUGACGGCCUUGCUGAGGAUAUUGACAAAGGAGACGUGAGUGCCCGCCAAGAGUUGAAGAUUCGUGCCCGUUACUUGGCAGAGAAAUAUGAGUGGGAUGUUACAGAGGCUAGGAAGAUCUGGUGUUUUGGCCCUGACGGUACUGGACCAAACAUCCUGACUGAUGUGACAAAAGGAGUACAAUAUCUUAACGAAAUAAAAGACAGUGUUGUGGCUGGCUUCCAGUGGGCCACAAAAGAGGUGAGUGAAUACUUUCAUUGUCCUUAAAUGCCCCUUCACAAGCAAAUCCUCAAGCACCAACUUGCACUUUAUACAUUUCCAUGCUUUCUAAUUUAAAGAGCUUCAUAUAGCUCCAGCUGAUCACAUCUAUUUAAAAUUGGCAAGCGUACAAUUGUUGCAGUCUCCUGUUAAUUGGUACCAGUCUUGAGUAUCACAAUUUCCUGUAUUAAGGGCACUGUCAGGAGUGCUUUGGUUAGUAAUCUAAACUAUCUGACUGAUCUGGGGUCUGUUAGUCUUCUUCCCCUGAGAGCUUAAAAGCUGCUGCCUUAACUGAAAGUACUCAGCUGACUUUCAGGUAACAAGCAGGCCCUGCAUUUCAGCUCUGGAAAGCAAACUUCUCCAAACGAGAGGUAAAACUGCCCCGUGUAAUUCAAAAUCUUAUAAAGUUAGAGUACUGGGGGUCCAUCAGGGCACUCCUGGCACAAGAACAGUGUGCUGUAGUUAUUGUGCCUGGUGUGUUCUAGUUAAGAACUUUGUGUAUUGGUGGGAUUUUACAAACCUGGCAGUGUGCAUGUGAUCUUUAUCUCUGUUCGAAGGAUUGUCUUGCUUCCAAAAUGUUACUAAAUAAAAUGUCAAUUUCCACAGGGUGUGCUCUGUGAAGAGAACUUGAGAGCUGUCCGAUUUGAUGUUCAUGAUGUGACUCUUCAUGCUGAUGCCAUUCAUAGAGGUGGUGGACAAAUCAUUCCUACAGCCCGUCGUUGCCUAUAUGCAUGUGUGUUGACAGCCCAGCCCCGUCUGAUGGAACCAAUCUAUCUUGUGGAGAUUCAGGUAAGUUUGAAUUUAAGCAAAAGAUAACAAAGUUGAUUUUUCUUUUGCAAAAUGCCACUAGACACUGUCAGAUUAGUUUAUACAAGAUGUUUUCUCUUUGGUUUCUAGUGCCCUGAGCAGGUAGUUGGUGGCAUUUACGGUGUCUUGAACAGAAAGCGUGGACACGUCUUUGAAGAAUCUCAAGUGGCAGGCACACCAAUGUUUAUAGUGAAAGCCUACCUGCCUGUCAACGAAUCAUUUGGUAAGUGCAUAGUUCCCAAACCUAAUAUGAAUAUUAGUUUCCUAUCAGAAUAGUUAAGAUUUUCCUAAAUUGACUUUUUAAAACUUUUUUCUGUUCUCAGGGUUCACUGCAGACCUAAGAUCAAACACUGGUGGCCAGGCCUUCCCACAGUGUGUAUUUGAUCAUUGGCAGAUUCUUCCUGGAGAUCCAUUUGACAAUUCCACCAGGCCAAGCCAAGUUGUGGCUGAAACCCGCAAGAGGAAGGGUCUGAAGGAGACUGUUCAAGCUUUGGAUAACUUCUUGGACAAGCUGUGAUUUUCCAAUCUGUUCUCUGCCCAACACCAUGACUGGCUUUGGGAAAUGGACUCUACUUCUUGGGUGAUAGCUUUUUUUAAAAGAAGCUUACCCUUUACCUUCCUAUUGUACUAAAGUGAGACAUCCCCUUAACAUUCAUCUUGAUGUUUCACUGUAGUUUUGGGAAGACUAUUUAUUAUAUUUUGUGAGCUCUCCUUAUCUUGUAUCUGGGGUAGCUCAUGAAAUUGCAGUCUUCUGAUGGGGUGGUUGGUGCCAGACAAUAAGUUGUAAUACUGCACAGUCACAGCAUGAAUAUAAACAACGAAUUAGAGCGAAUUAAAGAAACGUAUAUUUGAAUUUUUUUGUUUCUUUUAAUUUCCAGUCUGGAUUAACUGGUUUUUCUAAAUGCACUAAAUUGGUUCACCUGUAUGGGGUACAACACAUUCAAGCCUAUACUUGAACAAAUGUGAGCAAAUCACAGGGUCAGAAUGACUUACUGCCACCUUGUUUUUCUAGAAAUUUUUGAUAGAAAAAUGUCAAGUUAACCUGAAGAGUAACUACUGUAGUGAAAUCCAAAAGGUUAUACAUGAAUUACUUUCUAAGACUAGGAGCAAUCAUUCAACACACAAGUUGCACAUUAAAUGUCUGCUACUAACUGCUUUCAACUGGUACUGUACAAUAGCCAAUCUGCUCCUAAAUAAUAAAGAAAUCAAAGUAAUCCAUACAAGGACUCUGUGCAGACUAUGCAGGUACAAGAGAAUAUGCUUUCUAAAUUCAAUGUUUAGUUUAACAGUACAAACUUCAAAUUGUAUUUAGUGAAUAAGUUUGCCAUUCCACAUAAUGCAUAUAUAGCAAAGCUUUACAAACUAGCUUCAUUCUUUUGAACUUGCAUACACCACAUACUAUACUACCAUACAGCCUUCAUACAGGAUUAAGUUCGAAGUGAGAUUAAAGUACUAGGCAAAUGACACCAGAGGGAAUUUCAGUUCAUAGUUAUGUAAACUUUUCAAGAAAAUUAAAUGGGAGUAAUAAUCUUAUGAUCUUCAGUAUACACUGGGAGCUCCAUAUUAAAUAAAAUUUUGGGGAGAAAAUUAAUAAAAUUAGAUAUAUUGUAACAAUGAGAAGGUGUCCUUGACUGAAAAGGAUUUCCAUCAAAUCUUAAUAUCUUGUGCAAUGUUGGAAUCAUAUAACCAUUUAUGACUUGAUUAGGGUAAAAGAAUAUUUCUAA